AUGGAGGAGGUGCGGUGGAGGAGGCGGGCGGUGUGUGCAGCAUGGCCGCACUGGGUGUACCGCAUGUUCGACGCCCUCAACCUCGCCAGGCGCGUGGCAGGUGAGGUGCUCUCUGGGCGCGUGGCAGGUGAGGUGCUCUCUGGGCGCGUGGCAGGUGAGGUGCUCUCUGGGCGCGUGGCAGGUGAGGUGCUCUCUGGGCGCGUGGCAGGUGAGGUGCUCUCUGGGCGCGUGGCAGGUGAGGUGCUCUCUGGGCGCGUGGCAGGUGAGGUGCUCUCUGGGCGCGUGGCAGGUGAGGUGCUCUCUGGGCGCGUGGCAGGUGAGGUGCUCUCUGGGCGCGUGGCAGGUGAGGUGCUCUCUGGGCGCGUGGCAGACAUGUGUGCGCAGCUGCUACCAGCGCAGGCGCAGCAGCUGCAGGGGCUGGUGAGGGCACCGGAGGCGUUGUCGUUUGUGGUGGCGGCCAACAUGCCCAUCAGCGACCGCCACCGCCACCACCUGCUGCAGGUGGGGUCAACGGUGUACCGGCUGCAGAAGGAGAUUCGUCUGCUCGAGUGCAUCGACCACCUCCUCUGCUCCACCUGCCGGUGUCGGGUGGCGCGGCGCAGUGACAUGGUGUGCAUGAGCACGGAGGGCGCCAUCAGCGCCUUUGUCAACGCGCAUGGCUUCGUGCACGAGACACUCACUCUCUCGCGCGCCAGAGGGCUCGUGCUCGAGGGCAGCGCCGAGACAGAGAACAGCUGGUUCCCGGGGUACGCGUGGACCAUAGCGCACUGCGGGCGCUGUGGCAUGCACGUGGGGUGGCGCUUCACGGCUGUGCGUCGCGGCCUCAACCCGCCCGCCUUCUGGGGCGUGCGCCGCGCACAGCUCACUGCCGACACCACCCAGGCCGACGCUGAUCUUGAUGCCUGA